GCUCAGAGCAGCAGCACUUUCUCCACAUUGUGAUGCUCUGGAGGAGCCGGAGCAGGACGCAGGCCCUGCCGUGGGGAGCAAAGACCACUCCAGAGUUCUCAGUCUGGGCAGCCGAUGGCGAAUCCCACAGGGCUUCUCUCACCGUGUCUGUGGCUUCUCUCUCUGAGCUUUGCCUCACAGCAACAGCAGGAUUCCAGCUGCACUUCUUCUGGCACACUUCCUGCUGCUGAGAUGUUCCUGGGGACAAUCUCUGCUAAUGAGGGGGACACUGUUAGCGGCAGAUGUUUAAUCCCUGCAGGAGCCCCUGUCAACAUUGUUUUCUUUUGUAAGGAUGGGAUGGAAAUUUCAAGGCUGGAAGCCAGGAGAGGAAAAUUCUCUUAUGAUUUAGCUUACAGAGUGGCUGGCAGCUCAGGCAAUAUUUCCUGUGGAUACAUGUACAGAAAGGACAAUAACCAGGUGUUAAAUUCUCUGCUGAGCAUCGCUCGGUACCUGAAGGUCACAGGUGCCAAUUCCAGGAGCAGCACGACCAAGAAUCCGCCUUAUCAAGCGCUGAGUCCCAGCAGUCAGGAGAUCUGCUCAGCUCCCGGCGCUCUUCCUGCCCCCACCCUCUACCUGAGCCCGACGUCCGCCCAACAGGGGGAUUCCGUGUUGCUCCAGUGUUCUGUGUUCUCCCAGCUCCUAGCCACCCGCAUCGUCUUCUGUAAGGACGGGGAGGAGGUUUCGUCCCAGAGGGGCUUGGAGGAUAAGAUCACCUAUGACUAUGUCCAUGUGGUGUCCAUGGGCAGCUCUGGGAAUUACUCCUGUGGGUAUGAGAUCAAGGACAGCGACAACCGGGUGAAUGGAUCCCUGCUCAGCCCUGCCCAGCACCUCAGUGUCACCGGCAGCGCGAGCAGCAGCGGAGGAGGGGAGGAGCCAACCCGCACAGGGCCGGCCAUGUCCCUCUCCAUCUGGGCUGCCCGCUGUGCCCUGGUCCUGCUUCUUCUGGUGUCUGCGCCCGUCAUCACCUUCAUGAUGGAGAAACGGGGCCUGACCCAACCUGCACAGGUGGAGGAGACUCGUGGUCGGAGCGCCAGCAUUUUGCGGGAGGAGGCAAAGGGAGAUCCCCACUGACCAGCUGUGAGCAGGAGGGAGGGUGGGGAGGGGUCUGGGUUGUUUGUCCAAUAAAAGAUAUUACCUCC